CGCUCAUCAUUUUGCCAUUUCUUGCUCGGCUGGCAACGAAACCAAAAGUGAUUGUUAAGUGCGCGCAUAACCGUGAAGUGUGCCAGUGCCUGUUCGCCUGCCAAAACGCUAGUCAGUCAGAUUCUGUCCAUAUAGCGUACGAUCUGCACGCAGCUACAUUGCCGUGUUCAUUUAAUUGCGGCCCGCAUUCAAACGUAUAUUGAAUAUUGAUCAGCGAAAGGAAUUCAUUAUCAAAUAUUCAGUGCACAAAAUUUACAACAACAACAACUACAAAUUACAACAAAAUCAAAAAAUAAAGGCAAACAUGUUGCUUAAAAUUCAAUUAAUAUGCUGUCUUGCGCUGCUGGCCACGGCGCAGAACUCCAUCGAACAGCUGCCGGGCGAAAUACAAUUCGAAACUUCACAUAAACGUCCGGAUGAAAGCGAAUUCGAGACAUCACAUAAAGUACCCAGACAUUCUUUCCUGCCCGAAACAGAAUUGGGCACCAUGAAUUUAUUGCCGACCAAGGAACGCCCCGAAUUGAAUCCCGUUUUGAGUGCGCUCAUCAAUGAGGAUGUCAUGAAGAGUAUCGAGGCGAAACGUGCCAUCGAGAAGGAGGAGUUGGAACAAAUUAAAGCCGAGAUCGAUGCGGCACGCAAGCAAAAGGAGGAAGAGGAGCGUAGCACAGCGGUAUUGACGACAGCGGCGCCAAUAAGUAAAGCUGCACUCGAUGACGAUAGCAUUGGUAGCUUUGUUGAUCAGUACAUUAACUUGGAUACCGCCGGUACAGAGAAUAACAAGAAAUCACGCAUUGAAAUCAAAAAGGGACCAAAUGGACAAGACUACGAAUACGAAUAUGUAUACUACUAUGAAGAUGAAGAAGAUGCCAAACCAGCGGAAGCGCCAGCUAAGGCCGAUUCAAGUGAACGUGGCAAAUCACGUUACAGCAACAUUGAACGCACCACAGCUGCGCCAGCUAGCAACAGUAUCGACAGCAAAAAGGCGAAGGGACGCUCAUCGAGCAUUGCUGACAGCAGUGCUGACGAUGUCGAGGCCGAACGUCUGCCAGCCAAUACACGUUUCCCCAGUCGUGGCAAGAAUGCGGAUGCACAGCCAACGCCCGCUUUAGAUUCGCUUGAGAAUGCCGCUGAGAAGAAGAAGAUCAGCGUGAAGCGCCCCAGCUUGGAACUGGUUGACAGCGCAACUUUCAACACUGACGAGAAACAAGUGAAAGGCAUACGUAAUAGCGAUACUGAGACGAAAUCGGCUAUUGCCAUUGAACAAGAGCAAGCAGCUGCAGCAGCGGCCGCUGAGAAGAAGGAAGCCGAGGAGAAACAACGCCGUCAGCCAACCAUUGGCAGUGAUGAAGAGAGUGUUACCGUUAAAGAUGUCGAAGAUGAGGAAGUCGAACAGACCACCUUGUCGAUGGAAAAGGCCGCUUUAGAUUUAUAUGCGAUUUUGCAGAAUGAGAACUUCAACAUGGAUAUGACCACCGAUGCUGAUAUCGACGUGACCACCGUGCUGCCAGAUACCACAAAUCCCGAUGAUGAAGGUUUGACCACUUUGGUUGAUGAGGAGCCCAGCUCAACGACGACUACAACCACAACCACCACAACAGAGGCAACUACCACAACUACAACGACCACAACAACCACACCAGCACCAUCUUUGUUUGGUGGCAAGCGCGCCGGUUUGAACUCGGCUGGACGUAAUCGUUUCAAGUUGAACAAGGGUGGCAAGAGCGAAGCAAGCACCACAACCACAACAGAAGCACCCGCAUCGGAGGCGCCAAAAACAGGCAAGAACCGCUUCUCACGUCCAUCGAUCGGUGGACGCGCACGUCCCGGCGCACGCACUACCACUGCCGCACCAGCACCAGCUGCCGAAGAGGAGGAAGAAGUAGCCGCACCUAAAGAAGUUAAACCUGUGAGCUCUGGUUUUGGACGUGGCCGACCACGCAAUCGCUUCAACCUGCGCAGCACAACAACCACCGAGAAACCAGCCAGCGCCGAUGCUGAGGAAGCCAACGAGGAAGCACCUGUAUCUAGCACAACAGCACGCAGCGUGCGCGGUGGACGUCCACAAUUGGGUGGUCUGCGUGGUCGCAGUCGCACCACCACAGCCAAACCAGCCGCCGCCGAAGGGGAGCACAAGGAAGAGGAGGCAGCCGCUAGUGCCGCCGAAGAGAAACCCGCACCAGCACCAGCGAAACCAGCAUCACGCUUCGCACGACCAGGUGCCAAUCGUUUGUUGCCACGUGGCAAACUGGCACGCACCACUGAAGCGCCAGCAGCUGAUGACUCAGCAGCCGAUAGCAGUCAUCAUAACGAUGUGAAGGGUGACGAAAAUGGCGAGGAAGGCGCUGAGAAGGCCGGCGAGGCGGAAGCUAAGCCCGCUGCCAGCCAUGGACUGAAUCGUCUGAAGACGCGUCCACAAUUGCAUAAGACUGAGAACGCCAAACCAAAGGCGGCACCAGCGCCAGUGGCGCCACGUAAAGUCAAUCCAUUGUUGGCUAAGCGCCGUCUACAGCUGGGACACUCCACCACGGAAGCGCCCGCUGAGGAGGACAAUGCCACCGCUGCCGAAGAAUCGAAAACGGAAGAGGAAAGUGCACCAGCAGCCGCUUCCGCUGAUGCGCCUGCUGCCGAAAAUGCUGACAGCGCCAAGGAUGAAGCUGCCGAUGAAGCCGAAACGACAACAAAACAACAAGCACGCGGCUUGGGACUACUAACACAAAGAAGGCGUCUGCCGUUGCGCAAACCCGGCACCAUACUGUAAAAUUGUAAAAACUGUGAGCGUCUGUGUGAUGAAAUAAAUCCCGGUGUGUGUGAGCGACAAACCAUAAAGAGAAGAGAGCAAAAUAUGAUAACAAAAGGAAAGUGCAGAACACAACUGUUAACCUCACUGCAAUUAGAUGCUCCACGCUUGGAUUGUUUUAAGACAAAAAUUAAAAAAAAAAUGCAAAAAAUUGGAAAAAACAAGAAAAAUCUAAUGAAAAAGAUUUUAACUUUUUUUAUGAUUUAAUACUUUUACACUAUUUGUUAUUUGUAGUUUGACUUGAAGACAAGUGUAUGAAAAGAAGAGCAAAAAAAAAAACAGAAAUACUCGUUAGAAAAACUAUUUGGCUUUAUUUCGGCCACAGUCGAUUUUUUUUAUUAAUUAUUUUAAUAAUAAUAAUGAUAUAUAUAAUAUAAAUAUAUUACUUUUUUUAAUUUUUUGUUUUUAUUUUUUUUUUUUUUGUUUUGUAUAUGCCCACUUUUUUUUAGUACUCCACUGCCAGUGUUGAGUGUAGUAACUACAUAUUAUGUACGCGUAUUUUAAGUGUGUACCUUUUAUUGUAUAAUUUUGUAAGCAUUUAUAAUUACAUACAUACAUACAAACAUACAUAUAACAACAACAACAAACACAUACAUACAUAUUGAAAAUGUAUACACAAAAAGAUAAGCGAAGCAGAAAUUUUCAAAUUAUAAGAAAUUCUGAUUAUUAUUUUUCUUUUCUUUGGAGUAAAUUAAUAAAUUUUAUUAUACACAUAGUGA